GUAUACAACUAGACUACUAGACAAUCGUGCCAUCUAUCAGACUUCAUGUCUACUGAUUCCCUCUUGCGACAUACACAAUGAUGCGACAGGACUUCCACAGAAUUGACCCUAAACGGAGGGCUGUUCUCGACCACAAAAAGAAGCAGUUCGCGGCACCCUCUUUCAAGCAACAGGACUACCCCCACCGUCUCAACUUUUACGAUGUGCCUCCAACGGCAGAGAUCACGCUGGAGGAGUUUGAGCAGUGGGCAAUAGACAGAUUGAAAGUCCUGGCGGAAAUCGAAGCUUGUUCCUAUCGCAAUAAAUCUCCACAAGAGACAGAAGCACAUAUCGCACCGGUUUUGAAGAAAUACCUUAACUUAUCAUCAAAUUCAUCAGCGUCCGGUGGCGUGGUUAACCAACAACUAAAGAAUGAGCGACAAAAGGAUCAUUAUUCGCACUUCAUUCUACGUCUCGCAUUUUCCGCAACCGAAGAAUUGCGUCACCGAUUUGUCCGCGCGGAGACAAUGUUGUUUAAAUUUCGCUUCCAGAAAGACGACAGCAAGGAGAGGCGCGCGUUUAUUGAGAGUCUCAAUCUCAACUGGGAGCCUGUGAGCGAUGAGGAAAAAUCCGAACUUGCCGAGCAAUUGGUUACUUCUACGCCUGGUUUACGACGCGCAGACGAUGAAUCUUGGUUCAAGGUUGAUUGGGAAAAGGUGCCUGAAUUAAUUGAACGUCGAGCGGUGUUUAUUCGAAAAGGCAAGGCAUACGUUCCUCAAAGGGAACAACUAAGUAUGAUUGUCGCAGAUUUCACUGCACGAUUAGAGAAGGCGAUGGAGUUGACAAGCCGUGCAUUGCCUCGGCUGGACGAGGACGACCGUCUAACCCCAAUUCUUAAUCAUCUGUCCAAGAACUUCGGAAGCGCCGAGUCUGUUUACUCCGAAGGUGAAGGUGUCGUCGAUGGCGCGCCCAUCACCGCAGCAUCUAUCGAUCCUCUAUCGCAACACUUCCCGCUAUGUAUGCGAAGCCUGCACAUGACCCUACGGAAGAAUAACCAUUUGAAACACUUUGGUCGUCUGCAAUACUCCCUCUUUCUCAAGGGGAUUGGCCUAAGCCUUGAUGAGUGCAUACUAUUCUGGCGUCAGUCCUUCAAGGGGUUUUCCGAUGAUGAGUUCAACUCCAAGUAUAAAUACAAUAUUCGUCACGUUUAUGGGGAUGUUGGAGGUGACGCCAAUCGCCGUGGUCGAGGUUAUCCGCCAUACUCGUGUCAAAAGAUUCUUUCAGAGAGUGCCCCGAGCACUGGUCAAACUCAUGGAUGCCCAUACCGACAUUUCUCUGUUGACAAUCUUACUGCUUUGCUUCAAUCAACCGGCGUCCACGAUAAAGACCUCUUACGCGGCGUGCGGGAAGACGUUGAGAAACAGAGAUAUCAUAUCGCUUGCAACCGAGUAUUCGAAUGGACACACAAGGCCGACAUCAAACGAGUGAAAGAGGAUGGCUCGUGGAAUCAAGCCGACUUGGAUACCAUUGUUCAUCCGAACACGUAUUUCAAGCGGAGUUAUCUUUUGAAGACUUCGGGGAAGCCGUCUAAGGAGACCGCUUGAUCAACCAACCUUCGUAUAUAACUGCAUGAAAACAGGGCGUAAUGGAUUCGACGGGCAGGACUCUAUUUGUAAGAACUGAAGGAUGUAUAUUCAAUUCUUGAUUCUGGUAACGAGAUAAUGUGACUAUUCUUGACGUAU